CUUAUUACCUUAAUAAUCCUAUUCAUUUUUGUCUAUUUUUUAAAAUAAAUAAUAUUAGAGGCCUGUGAGAACCAAAUUAAGCGAAGGAGGCGAAGUGCAAUGGAAUUUGUUUUCAUGAUCGGUCUGUUUCCACGCAUACAAUUACCAUGCAGCUUUCUCCCGUUCUCUUUCAUUUUCGGGAUAAUUCUCUGUUUGACAAUUCAGACGGAGCCUAUUUACUUACGAGUUUUUGACUUAUAACUCAAGCCUUGACCACUUCAUAUUCGAUAUAUUCACUCAUGCAGUGCACUCCAGAUCCAUCUCAGAGUAACGGCGCCAACUGCCUAAGAGUGUCUGUGGAUGACUAUCGAAGACGUUGCCAUGGGAGGCAGGGAGGUUAUGUUCAGAAACCUAACUGUUUCUUCCGAAGGGAUUUGUAUCCCUUAUUCUAUCAUUCUUCAGCUGACAGCCCGUCCCUAUCUCCUCCAGCUAAUAUUCCUCCUCCCCAUUCUACUGAUUCAAUAACCAAGAAAGGUUCAGGAUCUCGCCCAUUUGAGAAAUUCAGAUUAUUUGGGACUGAAAAAAAGGAUACAUCGCACUAUCCUCUUUAACAGACGAAUUAUUUUGAAAUACUUUAAAAAGAAAAGUACCCAAUUUUUGCCUGCACGGGACCCCUUAUACUGUUUCACUUUUUAUAAAUGGUGAAUUCAAUUUAUCAAGUAUGUUGCUGGCUUUAAUUUGCAGAUAAACAAAGCUCCAUAUCUUGAACUGCUAUAUUCAUCGUUGCUCCAAUUGUUACUCUAAUGGCAACUUUUGGCUCUUACUUGCACCGUGCUACGAAGGAUGACGAAGAAGUUCAAAUGGGACAAGAAAAGUAACUGAUUAUUUUAUUUUGUUUGGUUCUAUAUGUAACAAAUUUAGUUGACGAUGACUACAUAUCUUCAUUACAAUAGCUUCAAGCACUUGGAAUUUCAGAGAAAUCAUAGAAAAAUAAUUUUACUGCUUAGUACUUUGAAACUGCAUGUCUAGUAGUUAUGCCAAAG